GUGAAAAACCGCAGAACACCCGCCAUUUGAAUUCGUUUCUCAGGACAGAAGCAACAUGCUCUUGUUGCGGAAAAGCAGGAAGGGGGGCUUCGGCGGCGUAAGCCCUGCUCUGGUCGAGGGCGCCUUCUCCUCCCCACGCGCACGGAGUUCUCUCACGUGCCAUCUCUCAGGGCGCUUCCGCCGAAGCUAACGUUCCUGCCGGGGUCCCCGGAAAAGACACUCGAACGUACAGGAGGGAUCCUUGCAAGUUAGCUGGGUGGACAGCCUCCUCAGGUCAGAGAUCUUGGUCCGGUCAGCCCUCUGCUCCCUCCAGUGCUGACCGCAAAAUGCUGCAGUUAAUGAUGUUAUGCACGACCUUUUGGGCUUAAAAGUGUCUGCUGAAAUGCUACCAUGACGUCUUCUUCCCACUGCCUUCCUGGGCUCCCCUGGCCUGCCAGUCAGUGCCCGGAUUUGCCCAGCGUGGCCCCUGCAGAAGCACGAGGCUCCCGUGGGGUAAGAAACAUUCCCGGGGCACUGGGGUUACAGGAUAGCCCUGGCUCUCACCUGCACGUCCUGGCUGGGGGUCUCUGGUGGUGGUGUCUGCCACAUCUCACACGAUAGCUCCCAGCCUGUCGGCCACCCCAGCUGAUCCCAAGUCUGCAGUGGCUCCCAGGCUGUGGGUACGGGGUGAAUGCCACCCUGUGGGCUGCCCCUUCCUUGGUCAGAAGCAGUGUUGUGGGGACACCAGCCUGUAGAUGCGCUGUGGGCAGGAAGGCAGAUCCAUGUCUAGAGCAAGUGUCUAUUCCCCUGGGGACAUGUCACUGCCCUAUGAUGGGGGUCCCAAUUCACCAGGCUGCAAUUCGGGUGCCAUUUGGGGGGUUCAGUGCUGUUGACCAGAAGUCACAGUGGCCAGGUAGCCUUGGUGAAAGGAAGCCCAUGUGUGGUUUCUGUCCCUGAGGCCACAGACACCACAUGUGGGCCUGCUGAGCAGGCAGUAGGGGCCAGGCAAGCCGUCACCUCCACUGUGCUGGCUCACUCGGCUCUGGGCCACCAGCCCUCUUGCUGUUGUUCAGGGCAGGCACUAUUCUGGGGCGGCUGACUGUGUAUUUCAUUCUGGACAUGUUGAUUAGCCAGAGACCCCUGCGGGUGUCCUCUGUGCAGCAGGGUGACCUAGCUGCCUGCCCGUUAGGUCCACACUUGGCUGAAGAGGGUGUGGCUUCCCUCGGACUUUGCGCCUGGAUUGAAGGUGGGUUCCAGAAGUGUGAUGAGAAUUGGCCUGCAAGAGAGCCCACCAGUUGGCCAGGAAACCCACGACGGGAUCCACGGAGGCCACAGGAACUGCCCCCAGGGCCUGGGAAGCUUGCUGGGGCGUGGGACAGACAGGAGGUCUGCAGGGAGCAGCCCGCAGUGGCGGCCAUGUCACUGAAACGUCUCCUGCAAGCUGGUGGACCGGCGGCUGCGCUGAAGACGACAAAAGCAAAGCAAGCUGGAGCCAGAAAAGGAAGCCCCUUCCUCUGCUGGGCUAUGCCUGCGGUGCCCACAUUGCCCUGAUGAAACCACCACUGAGCGAGCUGGCAGCUGGGAAACACCUGAAGGGUCUGGCUCGCCACCAGCAGCUGGCCAGAGGCGCGGAUCCCUCAGGCAGCAGUGGUGCUCUGGGACUUCCCAGACCCCAUCAGAAGAGGUGAGAGGCUCCCUUUUGGAACUCAGCUGCCAAGUCAGAGGCACCCUGGACAGGCCUGUGUGCAGGGGAACUGCCAGUCAGCACCACUUGCCAGCCAUGUGAGCACAUGGUCCUGGAAAGCGAGGUCUGGUCCCCACUGGUGGGCACCCCCGCUGCCGUCACUCGGCAGCGAAGCCUUCCCGCCAGCUCAGCUGUGGAUCUGUAAGCUGGGUGAAGGGUGGCUCUCAUGCCUGGAAGCCUGAGGGUGUUUGCUCGGUGACUGGAACACAUGCAGUGGUUGGGCACUGAAGGAGGGUGGCUCAGCCUCGGGUGGAGGGCGGGCAUGCCUCUGUCAGGUGCCUCACAUCAUACCUCUGCUGCCAGAUCUGGGGCUUUUCUUAAGGGCCAACCCAAGCUUUCCGAGACCAUCACUUCCAUUCCUGGGGCAUGCAACCCGCUGGCUGAUGCCAGAGGCCCUCCAGCUCUGCCCAUUGGGGUUCUGCUCAUGUGUGCUGCCCUUUUCACAAUCUCAGCCCCCAUCUCUGGGCUUUGCCCUCUGGGGCUUGCAGGAGAAAUCGGGGGAUCCACCUUUGACCGCACUUUUGAUACCAUUGCUCCGGGCCUGCAGACCUCAGAGAGCUUCUCAAGGACCCAGGGUCCUCGCCCAGGGGCCCUUAGACUCCCUGCCAAGGGGCUGCUUCAGGGCGCAGGAGCCUCAGGGAGCAGACUGCGCCUGGAUUCCGGUUGUGUGCUUAGCUCCCUAAGCCCUCGGGGGCUUCCCUCUGUAUUAGGCCAAGGAAAUUCCUGGCAGCUCAGGGGGGCUGCGCCUCGCCCAUCUCCAGCACGAAGGAGCAAACUGCUGAGGCGAUUGUCAGAUGAAACCGAACAGCGGGGCCCAGAGCGCCGGGUCCAGCCACCCAGAGCGGCCGCCUCGCUCGGCUUCCACUCUGAGUGGGCCACGGGGUGUGGCAGAGCUCCGCUCACCUGGAGUCAGCUGGGCUCUCGCUGGUUAUGGGCCUGGGGCAGGGAUGGGUCACGGGUGGCGUCAUGGGGAGAUGGGGCUCCCCUUAGCAGGUCCCUGCUGCGGGUGUGGGCUCCACGGGAGGAGAGUCGCCUCUGCUGGCAGGCAAGGCCGAGUGGGAUUACCGAGGGGGCCGAGGGCAGUCCUGCCAACCCCCCCACAGAUGGAUGCCCUGACCUGGUGGGGCUGAGAAGUCAAUUUACGCUGUAACCCUACAACCGCAUGAUAAAACUUGGGGUAUGAUUUGCAGAUACAACAGUCCUGCUGCAGGAAAUGAGAUUUUCCUUUAUCGGCAUCCUGUGUGUUUUCUGACUCUACCCUGCACUGCGAAUCCCAAGCCCCUGGCUUGUCAUUUUAUUUACUUAUUUAUUUAUAUUUCGGUAUCAUUAAUAUACAGUCACAUGAGGAAC